GCCUGAGUCGUGCGGGCGUGGGACGUGCUCAGACCCUAACAACGAGAGCACCCAGCGAGUUGGGAUACAGACGGAGUACUGUGCUACAUGUGAUGAGUAUUCUUCCGCUCUGCUUCAGUCUAUCAUAUGGGCCUCAAUGUAUCGUUGGAGCUACAAGGUGUCCAAUAGCUCAUCACCAGCAUCGCGGGAUCAUGCACACCCUAUACAGCACACCCUCAAAAUCAACGAGCCCUCGCAGCAGUGACAUUCAACACCACCCGGCAUGGGCCAAUCAGAUGCUCCCCCGCAACCCUCCGAUCGUUCUCCGUCUGCAAACGCAUGCCGAGCCGGGCCCGCAUCCAACACGGGCCUCUGCAUCUUGCCGGCUCGAGAGGCUGCCGCAGAGCGUCGAAGCUGAAGAUUCCCGACAAAAGGGUAGCCCAUGGCUCGGGCGCUCAAAGGAAUCUGGAAUUGUCGUGCAAAAUUCUGCAGCAGCUUGGUUAGGUAUUUAUAGCGUUGUAACAUGCUGUGCAAUUUGACGCGACGGGUGUGGGCGCUCAUCACUCAUCGUUACGACCGGGGCAAUCUCGCCUAGCCGUCAAAUCGAAGCUGACCGUGCGAUUCCUCCGACCUUCCUCUCCGGGCUGACACGCGAGAGGAACACGCUUCGAAGGAAGAAUGCGAAAGGCAAAAUCCCCGAGAAACGAGGCACGCCGUACAUGGCAGCUCCGAUGGCGCUGCCCCAGAUACCAGCCAGAGAUCAGAUGAAUGGCUCCGGUAAACCGCUCUGCCUUCUGAAUUGCACAAUUGGAGUAGCUAGACUAGCCCAGGAGCGAUCAUAGGAAGACCAGUGAGA